CUUCUAACUGCUCGUAACCGUUUGCUUGCUUGCCGUGUGGUCUUGCGUUUGCUCGCUAUGCGUAACUCCUCCUCUCUCUACCUAAAGUGUGCGCCGGAGCCUGAGUCAUGUGGUGCACUGAUAUUUGUAGUCAUGUGUAGGCGCCGCGUUGACGUCGUGCAAUACGGAGAGGUUGGGCAGAAAAUUUGAUCCGAACAAACACGUGCAAACCCCAGCACAGCCAGCGCGUCUGGCCGUGUCUUUGCUAUCGCUAACCUGCGAUAUCGGCGCUUCCGAUAACUACGGCGACCCAGGACUCCCAAGGGAGCUCAGAAUAUAAACCAUCCCGCUGUCUCUGCACGUGGUUGCCAAUGCGGGUGAUACAAACGAACCACUUUGUCAGUUAGUUUACGGCGUGGUUUGCGGAUCGCCGUCCGUACGGAGCUUGCGAUUGUGUGUAAGGGUGUUUGGCGUGCGCUAGCGUUGCAAAAGCUUCGGAAAUGCGGCAGGCGUGGAACCUCUACGCGCGUGUGAUGCGCAAUCACCCGGCGAAGACUCAGCUGAUCACCACGGCCACCGUGAUGCUUUCGGGAGACCUGAUCGCCCAGAAGGUGCUCGAACGCCGGUCCAGCAUCGAUGUACCUCGAGCAGCGAGGUUCUUCAUCAUGGGCGUUGCAUUUGUUGGCCCUGCUCUUCGCGUCUGGUACUUCACGCUCGAACGCAUUGUCGGCAGUGGUGGUGGGCGGGCGCUGGUUGUCAAAAAGGUGUUCCUCGACCAAGCCCUGUUCACCCCGGUGUUCUUGCCGAGCUUUCUGGUGACUCUCGGUGUACUUCAGCGACGCUCGUGGGAGUGCAUCAAGCAGACGGUGCGGGCAGACUACCUGCCCAUCCUGAAGGCGAACUACAUGCUCUGGCCCGCAGCACAGCUAAUUAACUUCAGAUUCAUUCCUCUCAGCUACCGAGUGCCAUUUGCGAGCUGUGUGGCGCUCGUCUGGAACACAUAUUUGGCCUGGAAGGCCAACAGGACGCAGAAGAUAUAGUGGAUUCGAUCAGUCUUUGAAUGCAGUGAUUUGUUCGCCAGUGGUCCAGGCGCAGGUUUCUAAAAGUCAAUGCCAGCUAGAUCAAAGUCAGCUUUUCUUCUUAGGCAACAUUGUCAGCCUAUGAUGCCACUAGAUGUAAUUCGUGACUUGAUUCAACUUCUUUCACGCGUUGAGUACAUCACAUUUGGGCCAAAGGUAAGAUUACAUAUCUUACACCAGAUUGCAUGAUGCAUACCUAUGUCCCGAUAUGUGACGUACCACUUCUUAGCCACAAAUUAAAUCAGAGUAGUUACCAUAGCCUUCGCAGCAUUGCAUGCUAUAUAUGAAACGGAGUAUAGAUAUCAUUUACGACUUUUGAGGCAUUUCUGGCACCCAGUUAUUUUGCCACAUUUUGCCGUAGUGUACAAAUGCAAAUAGGCAUUUGUGGUUAACUGACGCCCAACUACAAUUCUGAUGCUGAAAGCUUUAUGCAGCGAAACAAAUUAUGCCUUUGCGAUGCCUUUCUCCUUGGGAGCAAGUUGUUAUAUUUUCCUAGAGACAUCUUGUGAUGAUGACUUCAGUAUGACGAAACUGACUUCUGAGAUCAUGUUCUACCAUUUGCUGUAUCAGUCUUGGAGGCCAUUCAAAGCUGUUGCACUUCCCGUGCUUUGAUUGCGUGUUAAGUUUAGUGUAGUCUAUAAAAGCCAAAUAAAUGAUUUUGCACCAUU